CGCAUCGAAAGAAAACAAAACAAAAGUAAAAGAGAAAAACUAACGCAAACAUUGCAUUCGAGACCUUUGUUCCCUUUCCCAGUCUCCCUCACUCUUUUUUCCCUUGCACAGUGUCCUCUCUUUCUCUUUUUCCCCUUCUCUCACACUUUCUCUCAGGCAAUGGAACACUGAAACUGUAGCCUCCGAUUAAAGAGAGUAAAGCAUUAGUCUCCAAGUGAUGAGAGAGUGAUCCGGUGAAAGAAAAGGAAAUGGAGGGAGCAGAGGAGGAGUUGGAGAGGCGGAGCAAGUUCCUCAGCAGUUUGAUACAGAAGAAGAAAGCCACAGAGCAGCAAGAGCAGCAUGACAGCCUCAACGUGCGCGUCAGAGCCUCUGACAUGCCCUUUCCUUUGCAGAACCGUGCCUUUCGCUGCGCACGUGACCAUCUCGACUCCAUGCCCGGCAAGCUUGACAGCAAACGAAUCGCCCUCGCGCUUAAAAAGGAAUUUGAUUCAUCAUAUGGUCCAGCUUGGCACUGCAUUGUGGGAACUAGCUUUGGCUCCUAUGUCACACAUUCCACAGGGGGCUUCUUGUAUUUUUCAAUUGACAAGUGUUGGAGACUACUUCGGAACCCUGAGUCUUUGGCUGCCAAGAUUCUAAAGGUAAAAUGCUACUCCCCCAUGAUUCUAUCAGUAUGCCCUAUAUGUGGAUUAGAGGCGGAGACUAUGGGGCAUAUAUUGUGGAGUUGAUGGCAAGAGAUGCAUGAAGCAUGUGUGGAAGGAAACUACAAAAGGGUUGUGCAGUAAAUGAUGAAUUUAUUCAUGUUGUGGAAGUUUUGCAAAAUAAGUUCGAAGAUGAUGAUAUUGAACUCAUGGCUUUAGUGGCAAGAAAUUUGUGGUUUAGGAACUCUAUGAUCUUAGGGGGGUUGUUUGGCCAACCUGCUCAACUUGUGAGAAAAGCGUUGAAAUCCCUAGAUGCUUUCAAAAAUGGUAACACAAAGAUGCAAGAUAAAAGAGAAAGUGGUAAUUCUUUGACUCAAAAGUGGUCAAUGUCUAACGUUUUGUGAAGGUCGACGGGGAUGCAGCCAUGGACAAGAACAAAAGGAAGAUGGGCCUUAGUGUGAAUGUGAUAGACCAUGGGGAGGAGGUUUUGGCGAUGUUGAUAGCCCCCUAGACAACAUCAUUGAUCUGACUGUUGCCGAAGUUAUAGAAUCUGGAACUAAAAGGAAAUACUCUCUGCGUUAUACAGACACUGAAAAAGGAAGAAAACAGUUAGUGCAGAUAUGACAACCAAGUGAUUGACGAUGCCAAAAUUAUGCUGAAUAGUUUACAAACUUGGAAAGUGAAUCAUGUCAGAAGGGAGGCAAAUGGAGUAGCUCAUAGACUAGCUAAAGAAGCGCUUUUUCUUAUAGACGAACAAGUUCAUAUGGAGGAACUCCCAUUAUAUUAUUGACAUUGUAGAAGGUGGAAUCAUUCCAAGUCUCGAGGGAGAUGUUCCUACUGCGCCCUACUUCACUUUUUGUUUUUUUCUUUAUUGUUUUAUAGGGAUAAAUAAUCGUGAUUUUGUAUGACUUGUUUGGGAAUUAAUGAAAAAUAUGAUAGAAUGAUCUAAUU